AUGACUGAUUUUGUAAGAGGUAAAAACCAACAUAAAAUUAUUUCAGAAAAGAAAGAUGAUGAUGAGUUAGUUAGUACAAAAAGACUUAACCCAAAAAGAAGUAAUUUUUCAGAUAAAAAUAAUAGUAUUAAAAAGAAACAAAAAACAUCAAAAACCACCUCGGCAAUUAUUAAAGAUGAAGAUGAAAUUGUUUCAAGCGACAACGAAAAUGAAAACACCACAGUUUCAAUUGAAGAAGAAAAAGACAGAAACCUUUUCUCAUCAGUUUACCAUACUUUAAAGAAUAAAAAGAAAUCAAAAUUAACCAAUAAAAUCGAAAAACUCACCCCAACCCAACUUAAAGAGUACUUAAACGAACCAUCAAAUGUUUUAAAUAAAAAAGAAGAAGCCGAUGCAAAGAAAUUAUUACCAUUUUUAAAGAAAAAUAUCCCAAAAUCUGCUUGUAGAUUAUUUAAAAAAGAUAUUCAUAAAGGUAUGGUUGUAUUGGGUUCAUUUGAAUCAGUUUCAGAAAUUGAUAUUACAAUUAGUUUACCAUUUGGAUUAAAGGGUUAUAUUAAAUUUAAUGAAAUUUCAGAUUCAUUUACCGAAUGGAUGAAAAAGACAUUAGAAAGAGAGGAAGAGAAUGUUAAAUCUACCAAUUUUAGAAAAAUGAAAAUUAUUUCUGAUCAAGUUAGAAAGAUGUUUUACAAAGGCCAAAUUAUUAAAGUUGCCAUUGCAGGUUUUACCGAUCAUCAUACCAUCGAAGGUCUCCAUUGUUCAAUGAGACCAGAAGUUGUAAAUAGUGGUUCAUCAAUGGAAACAUUUACUGAAAACAUGACUAUUCAUGGUGCCGUUCAAUCAAUCGAAGAUAAAGGUUAUAUCGUUUCAUUUGGUUCAAAAGAUUAUACUGGUUUCAUCGAAUUUUCAAACACUAAUUACUAUUACCCAGGUCAAACUGAUGAAAAACAAAACGAUCUUUUUGUCGGUCAACCAAUUGAAGCUUUAAUUGACUCUAUCGAUAAAGAUACCAAAACAUUUAAAUUAACACUUUCACAUUCAUUAGUUUCAAGAGCAACUGUUAAAGACUCAUCAGUUAUCACUAUGGACUCAAUUAAAGCUGGUAUGUUAGUUGAAACUAAAGUAAUAGCAGUUAUUGGCGGUGGUUUACAUUUAGGAUUUUUAGAUUUCUUUGCUGGUGAUGUUGAACUUUUACACUUAAAUAAUCCACUUGACAAUUAUAAAGAUAAUCAAAAUGUUAAAGCAAGAAUUAUUUUUGUUGAUCAAGUUAAUAAGAGAAUUGGUCUUUCAACAUUACCACAUAUUAUGGGUUAUAAACCAUAUCCAUUUGGUACCUUUAAAAAAGGUCAAAUCUUUGAUUUCAACUCUUUAACCGUAGAAAGAAUUGAACCAUUAGAAAUGAUUCUUGCAUGUCCAUCAACUGUAGUUUCAAGUAAACCACAAACAAUCAAAGGUUAUGUUCACAUUGAAGAAUUAGAAAGUGGUGUAGUCAAUUUAAAUAAAGCCUCAAAUCAAUUCAAAAAAGGUGAAGCUUUCAACAAGAAAUGUAGAAUCAAACAUUUAGAUUAUUUAGAUGGUAUGGUUACUUUUACUGCCCGUACUAGAGAAUUAGAAAAGAAAUUUUUCUCUUACAACGAUAUUGAAUGCGGUAUGAUUACAACAGGUAUUAUUAAAUAUAUUAGAGAGGAAUCAGUUGAAAUCGAAUUAGCCCCAUCAAUUCAUGGUGUUGUUCCAAAAACCCAUUUAGCCGAUGUUGCCAUCACAAAUACCUCAACAUUCUUUAAACUUGGUUCCACUGUUAAAGUUCGUGUCAUUAGUGUUGACCCAGAUAAAAAACGUCUUCAAUUAACUCUUAAAAAAUCACUUAUUCAAUCAGAAUAUCCAAUUAUUACCGAUAAAAAUACAACCCCAGCUGGUCUCAUCUCCCAUGGUAUCAUUACUAAAACAACUAGAUACCUCGUUUUCGUUAGUUUUUAUAAUAAUAGUUUUGGUGUAGUCGAAUCUCAAAACCUUUCAUUAACUCCAAUCCAAUCAGUUCAAAAACAAUUCCCAAUUGGCCGUACUGUUUUAGUUAAAUCACUUUCAUCUGAUAAUUCAAAACCAGGUUUAUCAUUAACAAUGAUAAUAGAUGAUAAAGAUUUUGAAAGUCAACAAAAAAUUUUAAUAAAUAAUAAUUUAAAUAAUAAACAAGUUGAUCAACAAGAAGAAGAAGAACAAGAAGAACAAGAAGAAGAACAACAAGAAGAACAAGUUGAAGAAGAGCAACAAGAGGAAGUAGAGCAAGAAGAACAAGAAGAAGAAAAAGUAGCAGAGGAAAAAGUGAAAAAAGUAGAACCAAAAAAUAAAAAAGAUAAACAAAAUACAAACAACAAAAAAGUAGAAAAAUCAAAGGUUAAUAACGUUAAAUCAACUCCUAAACCAAAAACAAAUAAAAAAAAGUAA